GACGGGACGGGAGGGGCGCGGCGGCGGCGGCGGGAGGCGGUGGCGGCCCGCGGGUGUCCGUCGGGAGGCGUGGCGGGGAGGAGAGAGAGGCCCCGCGCGGGGAGGACCGUUACUCGCCAGAUGUUUGGCAGCGACCGGCGGAGGAAGUCGCUGCCGGGGCCCUGAGUCCCGCCCGAGCCGCGGCCGGAGAGCAAAAGCAGUGCCCCCCCGCCAUGGCCCGCACCGUUCCCCCGGCAGCGCCGCCGCCUCCACCGGGGCCGCCGUCGGCCCGCGGUUCCCUCAGCCUCCACCGCGCUUACCUGCGGAGCCCGCUGGGGCUGCUGCGCCUGGGGCAGCUGGCGCUGGGGGCUGCCUUCUGGGUGACGGUGGCGGCUCACAAAUACGAGGGGGCGGCCCACUUCGCCCUCUUCGCCGCCGUCCUGGUCUGGCUCCUCACCCUGGCCCUCUUCGGGCUGAGCCUGCUGGGGCGCUGGACGCUGGUGCCCUGGCUGGGCUCCCGCUGGCUCCUCACCAACCUGGUGCACGACCUGGCGCUGGGCGUGGGGCUCUACGCGGCCGCCACCGGCAUCAUGGGCUACAAAGCUGGGCGGAAAAGCUAUUGCAACCUGCCGGGCUACAGCCAGCACUGCCUCUACGGUGCCUACCUGAGCGCCUCCAUCUGCGGGGGCAUCGCCGCCUGCCUGUACCUCUUCUCUGGGCUCUACUGCCUGUCACGCCGCUGCCGGGACCAGCGCGACAUCAUCUGAGACCCCGCGGCGCUCGGCUCCCCUUCUCCUUGCCUGCAGACAGAGGACAGCCCCCCUUGGGGACCAAGUGACCCUGCUGCCCCAUCCCCUCCUGGCUGCACCACGCUUCCUCCGGAGACUCCUGCGCAGAUGGAUGGACAGGCAGAGGCCUUUCCCAAGCACGGCUUUCCCUGCAUCCCGCUGAGACAGUGUGGACACCCAGCCGCUGCACAGGCCCCUCUCCCACCUCUGGACAGACGUUGGCUAUUGCAAGUGGAAGGACCCAAGCGGAGACCCCCUAAGAGGGACCCCAAUUUCUGGGGGCCCCUCAGGGCCCCUGCCCAACUCCCCUGCCCCCGGCCUUGCAGAUGCUGCGUGCUCAGGUGGGUGCUGACCUGUCCCCGGGGUGGAGGAGGACUGGCCUGGGGGAGCUGAGAUGGCGGUGGUGGUUUGUGGUGGGGUUGGGUGGGCAUAAACCCCGCUCCCCAACCCCCUGGCAGCCCCCUCCUGCCGUUCCUAGCUGUGCAGUGCCUCUGCGUUUCCCUAAUGGAGGCUCUGAUCUCGGCUUCCCCAGCCCAGGCCCCUCCUCCUGUCUGGCCUGAACACGUCCGCCGUCCGCCGUCUUGCUGGAGCCCCGCGGGGCUCAGCCCCUCCCUGCCCUGCGCUCUGGGGGUGUGGAGACACCCUGGUCCUGCAGCGGGUGCUGGGCGAAGCCUGAGCUGGCAUCACCUUGGGGGCCGAGUCUACAGGGCUGCGGGGCGAGGGGAAGGGAGAGCGGGGCCACAGCCUGAUCCUGGGCUGGGGGCAAAUUCCUCUGCCAUACUGCCCCGUGAGGGAGCUGAGCAUCCCUGGAGUUGAAGGGAGUCGGACACCGGGUCGUUCUCUUCCUCUGCCCCCCUGCAGCGAGGUUGGUGGCUCUGAGCCACCCAGAGCCACCGAGCCUGCCCUGGGGCCUGGCUGCUCCGUCAGAGACAGGCAUGGCCUUGCCAACAGUGCUGGAGACCGGCCCGUGCAGCCCUGCCUGGCUCUGCAACACUUGGUUUAUCAACCCGGAAAACUCUCGUCUUGGGAUUUUCCAGCUCCACCGUGGGGGCCUUCGCUGCCCAGAGACCGUGGCGAGGCGGAGGUGAAGGGUGAGCGUGGCAGCAUGGCAGUGCUGGGCUGCCGCCAGCAUGGUGGCCCUGGGGGAGCUGGGGCCAGACAUUGUGGGGACGCUGCCUGUUCCCCAAGGAACAGGAGAAGAGGAUGCCAGCGGUGGAGCCAGCCCGGCCCUGGAUCAGCCUCCACAGCCUGCCGGGUGCCAAGCCCUGAGGACGCCAUGCAGGGUCGACUGGAGUAACGGGCAGCCAGAGACUGGGAAUUUUUGGAGGAGCACUGCACUGGCGCUGCCCUGCCGCAAGCCCUCCUCGCCCUGCCUGGAGGCAGGUCCUCUCUAUCAUUCCCGGUGCGAGGGAGGGUCUGCCCCAGUCUCUGUGUUGGUUUGGAUCAGCGGGAUGCUGUCCCCAGCAGCUGGCCAUGGGCUCUGGCUGUCACCUGGGGUUCCCUGCUGCCUUUUUUUGGGAUGGAGAGCAGCAGCCGUGAUCCACCUGGGGCACAGAAGGGUCUGGGGUUGGCACUGAGUCACUGCUUCCAUCAUGAGGUGCUGUCCCAGCCAAUCCCUCCAUGUGCUCGGGGGCUCUGCUAGCCCCCGGGCCAUCUACCCCUUCCCUGGGUAGGAUGUGCUGUCCCUACCCCGUGUCAGGGCUGGUCCCUGACACUGCCUGCCCCUGCCUGCUCCGGUGCAGCCCCUGGCCCAGGCGGCCCCAGACACGCAGCGGGGCUUCUGCCACCACAAGUGCCUUUCCCCGGCUUCCUGCAGCCCUGCCUGUCAUGCCGGCUCUGUCCCCCUCCAAGUCCCCUCUCCGGUGCCUAUGGAUUCACCUUCCAAAUAAAGCAACGUUGGCGCUCACCAGGUGUCUGGGGCUUUGUGCCCGGGCUGGGACCUGCUGGGGACGGGAUCUGAGCUGAGGUCACACCUGGCUCUGUCACCCUGCACCCUGGGGCCUCCCUGCCUGGAGCUUCUGGCCGUGGCCGAAACGUCCUGGUGUGCUCCAGGGUCAUGGGCAGGUUCCCUGGUGCUGAGCCACCACCCCUGGUAAAGAGGCUUAAACCCCUGCCCUUGGGGACAGGGGCUGUCCCCGGCCCUCCUGCCCCCUCCAGAGAUGGGACACAGCCGGGUGCUCCCGCGGGAGC